ACGUCUGUCAGGCUAUCUCCCAGCAGUGGUCUGGCGGACCUGCUCAUGGUUGACCACCCACCUCAUCCUGGCGCUUCCCCAGGCAGCAGUUCGGAGCUCAUUGCUGGGUUUGCUGACUUCUCUUCCCCCGCAGCUUCUGCUAGCCUCCCAUCCAACAUGGGUGCUGCAACACCAAAUGGGAAUGGAGAGUUUGGGGAUUGGAAUGCAUUUUCUACCCCACCAUCAUCUGCCACAGCUUCGUCUCAGCCUUCCACUGACCUGUUUGGCAGCGUCCAAUCAGCCACAGCCCCUGGACACGAUGCUGUUCCACCCUCUGCUGAGCUUUUUGACCUCAUGGGCGGGACAAACAAUUCACUGACCAAUCAGCAUGCAACGAUGUGCACGUCUCAGAGCUUGACUUUCUCUCUUGGGGGGACAACUGUUUCCAUGCCAACGAUGCCACUCUCCCGCUCCCAGCAGAGCAUGGGGGGUCUGGUGUCCCAGGGGCCAAUUGGGCCGCAGCAGAAGUUGGGGGCCGGAGGUCAGACGCCGUUGGGGUCCACCUGGUCUGAUCCCUCCGUCAACAUCAGCCUCGACUUCCUGUCGUCUGGCCUCAACUCCAAGACGCCCCCCACUCUCAACAAUAUCAUCCAGCAACAAGGCCUGCCUCCAGUCAAUCUGCUGCCCCAGAACUUUGGGGGGCUAAACCUCAGCUCCCUGCCCCCGGCCACCCCACUCAGAACAGCCAAUCCUAUGAUGGCCAGCAAUGCCAUGGGCAUGCCUGCAUCCAUGGCAACGGGGACCAUGGGAAUGGGCAUGAGUGGAAUCCCAGUGAGCCAAGGCAUCAUGGGGAUGAACAUGAGCAUGAACAUGGGCCUGACGGCUCCGGUGAUGAUGGGCAGCAUGUCUGGCCUGGGCAUGCCUGCCGCGGGGAUGCCCGCCUUGGGCCUGGCUCACGCCAUCGCCCCGGUCAUGGUGCCACCCAAACAAGAUGCCUUCGGUAACUUUGGCAACUUUGACUUCGGAAAAUGAAGAAGUUCUCUCAUGAAUGCAUGUCUGACUCUGAGGUGUGUAUGUGAAAGAGAGGGGUGAAGACGAGAUAAAGACUAGGAGAUAACAGGAGGACUUCCUGAAGAACAGCGUUAAGGGUUUCCCAUCUGGCUCUUGUUUCUCAGGAUUCCAGUUGUUGGUCGGCAUGUUUUGGACUAAUGAAGGGGGGGAAGGGGGUGCAUUUUUUGCUGUUGGGGCGUAAAACGGCUCUGCUCGUCAACUAUGAAGUGUAAGUGCGCCGGUUGACCACUAGAGGGACAAAUAGGUGUAUCACGUAUGAAGUGUUAUGGUGUUGUUUUCUUGAGACCAAUUUAAUUGCCCAUUUAUUAUAUAAUGGAUAUUUAACGAAAACAGAUCUGCACUGUCACAUCACCUCAUUUUAUUUUUGUUUAGAAAUUAUUUUCCACGUGUAGCAUUUGGAUGUGCUAUAGCCUACCAUGGCCUUUUUCUUUUGACCAUGAAAACUAAAGUGUAUCCAAGAAAGUGAAAUAUCCUACUGCUUACCUGGGGAUAAGGAUUAGUUCUGACCCCUAUAUCUUUUAUAAAGAGCGUCCCCUCCUCAAACCUUGGACACUUGUACACGGUGUAAGGGCUGAAGGGAGUGUCAUCAGUAUUUGGAUCAUGCCACUGAUCCUCAGGUCCUUAAGAACGCUAUUCCAUGUAAUUUUGAAUUAAGCUAUAGUAUGUUUUUACUAUACACAAAAUGUUUGCUAAAAGUAGUUUGAGUUUGUUCAAUCUUAGCCUAUAGUUUAAAUGUAAACUUUUCCCCUCAUAAAUAAUGGCAGAGCAACAUAAUCACAGCCCACACCAAACUUUUUCAAUGGUACACUGAGCAUCUUAGAUUCAUACCAAGCAAAAAUCUUUAGAACAGUCAACCAUGUCAAAACUUGGGUCACUUUUUGUUGCUAGCAGGUGUGUGUGUGUGUGUGUGUGUGUGUGUGUGUGUGUGUGUGUGUGUGUGUGUGUGUGUGUGUGUGUGUGUGUGUGUGUGUGUGGUGUGUGUGUGUGUGUGUGUGUGUGUGUGUGUGGAGAGAUGCAAAGAAGAGCCUGAUGGUUCUGCACUCCAAUGACCAAAUCUUUAUUUUACUAAAGGCCUAACGUUACUCAGAGGGAUCGUUAUUUGUUCCACAGCUGUUUGUCUUCAUUGUCUCGCAGGUUAUGUUUGUAUACUUGAAAGCUACUAAAAUACUUUGUAUUAAACUGUGAAUGAUAGAAUAACUCACCCUUUUCCUUUGCAGUCCAUUAAUUUGAUUGAAACCAACCUGUAUCUCUGUAGCCUACUUCUCGGCAGCUCAUUAAAUUAUAUUAUUUAAAACAUCCUAU